GCGGCGAAUUAGCCUAAGUUCUUAAAGAUGGCGGCGGAGCGGAGUCGCUCCCCGGUGGAGUCGCCGGUGCCGGCCUCGAUGUUCGCCCCCGAGCCCAGCUCUCCGGGGGCGGCCCGGGCCGCGGCGGCUGCGGCGCGACUCCACGGCGGCUUCGACUCGGACUGCAGCGAGGACGGCGAGGCGCUCAACGGCGAGCCGGAGCUGGACCUCACCAGCAAGCUGGUUCUGGUGAGCCCUACAUCAGAGCAGUAUGACAGCCUACUUCGGCAGAUGUGGGAGAGGAUGGACGAGGGAUGCGGAGAGACCAUAUAUGUCAUUGGGCAGGGAUCAGAUGGGACUGAGUACGGACUGAGUGAAGCUGACAUGGAGGCCUCCUACGCCACAGUGAAGAGCAUGGCGGAACAGAUAGAGGCUGAUGUCAUCUUACUGCGCGAGCGUCAAGAAGCCGGUGGCCGCGUGCGUGAUUACUUAGUCAGGAAACGAGUUGGAGACAAUGACUUCCUGGAGGUCAGGGUGGCAGUGGUGGGCAACGUGGAUGCUGGCAAAAGUACGCUCCUGGGAGUCCUAACACACGGAGAGCUGGACAAUGGCCGUGGCUUUGCCCGCCAGAAACUCUUCCGCCACAAACAUGAGAUUGAAUCUGGUCGAACCAGCAGCGUGGGCAAUGACAUUCUGGGCUUUGACAGUGAAGGCAAUGUAGUGAACAAGCCGGACAGCCAUGGUGGCAGCCUCGAAUGGACAAAGAUCUGUGAAAAGUCCACUAAGGUGAUUACUUUCAUCGACCUGGCUGGCCACGAGAAGUAUCUUAAGACCACUGUUUUUGGCAUGACUGGCCAUUUGCCUGACUUCUGCAUGCUCAUGGUGGGCAGUAAUGCUGGCAUCGUGGGGAUGACCAAGGAGCACUUGGGAUUGGCAUUGGCACUCAAUGUACCUGUCUUUGUGGUUGUCACCAAGAUUGACAUGUGUCCUGCCAACAUCCUUCAAGAAACCCUGAAGCUGCUACAGCGCCUGCUGAAGUCACCAGGCUGCCGGAAGAUCCCUGUCUUGGUGCAGAGCAAAGACGAUGUGAUUGUCACAGCCUCCAACUUCAGCUCUGAGAGGAUGUGCCCGAUAUUCCAGAUCUCCAACGUCACAGGCGAGAACCUCGAUCUGCUCAAGAUGUUCCUCAACCUCCUGUCCCCCCGCACCAGCUACAGGGAGGAAGAACCUGCUGAGUUCCAGAUAGAUGACACCUAUUCUGUCCCUGGUGUGGGGACAGUGGUGUCCGGGACCACGCUGAGGGGCCUGAUCAAGCUGAAUGACACACUGCUGCUGGGCCCAGACCCCCUGGGUAACUUCCUGUCCAUUGCUGUCAAGUCCAUCCACCGCAAGCGCAUGCCUGUCAAGGAGGUGAGGGGGGGCCAGACAGCCUCCUUUGCACUGAAGAAGAUAAAGCGCUCAUCCAUCCGGAAAGGCAUGGUGAUGGUUUCCCCACGCCUGAAUCCCCAAGCCUCCUGGGAAUUUGAGGCUGAGAUUCUUGUCCUCCACCAUCCCACCACAAUUAGUCCACGUUACCAAGCCAUGGUACACUGUGGGAGCAUCCGGCAGACAGCUACCAUUUUGAGCAUGGAUAAAGACUGUCUGCGCACAGGAGACAAGGCCACUGUCCACUUCCGCUUCAUCAAAACCCCCGAGUACCUGCACAUAGACCAGCGGCUGGUGUUCCGGGAAGGUCGCACCAAGGCUGUUGGCACCAUCACCAAGCUCCUCCAGACGACCAACAACUCCCCCAUGAACUCCAAGCCCCAGCAGAUUAAAAUGCAGUCCACAAAAAAGGGUCCCCUGAACAAACGAGAAGAAGGAGGUCCAUCUGGCGUGCCAGCAGCCGGGGGGCCCCCAACUGGAGAUGAAGCUUCCUCUCUAGGGACUGCACAGGCUGCUACAUCCAGUGGUCUCCAGGCACAGCCCAAGCCCAGCAGUGGGGGCCGGCGACGAGGGGGCCAGCGCCACAAGGUGAAGUCCCAGGGGGCCUGUGUGACCCCUGCCAGCGGCUGCUGAAGAUCCCCCGGUCCACUUGACCACCCAUGGGAUCCUCACUCUGGCUGCUGCUCACCAGCUGGGCAGAGCAUCUUUGACCGCCACCCGCCCACUCCAGCCCACAGCCAGAGCAUCCUUGUUACCACACCCCCAUUUUCCAGGGGGCGAUUAUAAUUUAUAAGAUGAGGAUGGA